AUGAGGAUUCGGAAAUUUUCAAUGAACUCCGUUUCUUCUCCUCCUCCUCCUCCUCCUCCUCCUCCUCCUUUAUCUACUUCGCCAUCUUCAUCAUCAUGCUCAUUGAUCACCACCCAUUCUUUUGCAUCAUCCACAGAUUCGACCUCUUCAGUACCAUCAAAUUGUACUUCUUUUCCAUCAAUCGCUUCAACCCGUUGCGAAGGUCUUGAUCUACUGGUGAAGGCAAUUCACCAUGUUGCAUCAGGAUCGGUAGUGGGAGUGCCGUAUAUACAGAAAAGAGUGAUCAGGCGAAGAAGAAGAGCUCUCAGAUUCACCAAACUGAACAUAACCCAAAUUUUUCUGGAGAAAAAAGAACCAGAAGUGGGAAAAAAAGAAGUCCAAGUUCAAGCAAAGUCGAAGCAGAAGAGACAGAGGAGAGCAAUGGCAUUGCCAUCUAAGUACCAUGAUUCUGUUCUUCAGCCAUGGAAACAAGUGAGCCGGCGACAGAGAUCCAUCAAGAUCCCUGAUGAAAUGGGGGACGGGGGUGGGGGAGCACCCCCAUAGGCCACCCGGCUGUCCUAUUGAGACAUAAUACCUCAAAACUAGCCAUUGGACGUAGAUGGAACAUAAAGUAUGUGCAAUGCUCACUUGAGGUAUAAAGAAUGGUAACACAGUGUUUAAGGCCAUUUCUCCAGAGUAAAAAGAAAAAUACAAGGGCAAAUUUCAAUUAGAAGGUGUUGGUGGGUUGAUUCUUCGAGGCUGGUAUGAGUUUGGGAAAGACAGAAUGAAAAGGGUUGAAUGCGUUUGGUUUCAAGGGAAGAGGAGAUGAAGAAGAAGGAUUGGAAUUUGGAUAUAAGUUUAAAGAUUUCGAUUUUACUUGCCUAAAUUUGGAUACUUUUGUUUUGACUAAUUUUGACCAAA